AUGUCUGCUUCAGCAUCGCCCUCCGUCCGGGCACUGCAGAGCCGCGACAGUUCCCCUUCACCCCGUCUCCAUCCGCUGGCUCGUAUGCCUUCGAUACAACGGGUCAACACCGCCAUUCCUCAACCGGCCUCGCUCACUCCAGCCUCCGCCAAUAGCACCUCGUCUGUGUCGGUGUUUCCGAGCCCGUACAUGCCAUCCCUUCAGUCCUCACCACUGGUCUCUCAAGUAGGCAACCAGCAUCCCCAACUCGGCAACCCUGUUCCUUUCGCGCUGCCCGAGUCCAUCGUCUCGACAUCCCAUGCCUCCCCUCCGCCAAAGGAGCCUUCCGCGGGCUCCAAGUCUGUCGGACUGAUGCGGAAACUGUCUCAAAGUGCCAAAGAUGGCGUGUCUUCCACCCGACAAAUCCUGCGAAGGAAAGCCUCUUCCUCGACACAGAAUCGCCGCGACGAGAGUACUGGCCCCAUUACCAGACGGCGGAGUGACAGCAAGACCGCAGUCACCAAUGUUGUCUCCUUGGAGUCUCCUUCUUUCGACACACUCCCCUUGGACCUGCAAUCAGGUUUAGGCCUCUACGACACCAUGAGCAUCUCCAGCGAACCGGCCACGUUCCUUGAAACGAGUCCUGAAGGACAGGCCCCUUGCGUUCCAGAGCGCCUGGUUGCAGGGUGUCUCCUGACCAAGAUCACCAAGACCAAGAAGCAAGAGAAGAUGUUCUUCCUCGACGUCGAGGGCUCCCGCGUCUCCUGGAGGGGCGCGGUGACCACCAAAACUUUCCACAUAGAUAAUAUCAAGAGCAUCCGCAUCGGUGAAGAGGCCGCCAGUUACCAGCAAGAACUCCGUGGCGAAGCUGUCGACCCGGAUCUCUGCUUCACAAUCAACUAUACCCCUUCCGAUUCCUCAAAGUCGGUCAAGACCUUGCAUCUGGUGGCGCACUGUCACUCGGACUUCAAACUCUGGGUCGAUACUUUGGAAAGCUUGUCCAAGCACCGGGAAGAAUUGAUGACCAGCAUGGUCGGUUCCACCGAGCGAGAAUCUGUCAUGCGUGCUCACUGGGCCAGCGAGAUGGCAAAACGUCCGGCCAGGCAGGAUAGUGACAAGCCCGACGGCCUCGACCUGCCUGCGAUCCAGUCCUUGUGUCGGAAGCUUCACAUUCAUGCUCCUGAGAAGGAGUUGCAAGAGCACUUCAAUUCCGCCGAUGUCGACAGAUCGGGCCUCCUCUCGUACGACCAGUUCAAGGGAUUCCUCCGACGGCUCCGUGAACGAGUCGACAUCAAGAACAUCUUCAACGAGUUGAAGGAUCCGCAUUCCAAAGGCUUGACAAGGUCCCAGUUCGUGUCCUUCAUCGAACAGGUUCAGGGGGUCAGCAUUGCCCGACUCUCUGAUUCAAGCGUCUGGGAAGAGAAACUCAAUCAUCUCGUAGAGAUCUCGUUUCCCUCAGACCCAGCUCUCCACGCCUCUGGUCUGGUCGAUUCUAAUGCUUUUGCCUCGUUCAUCAUGUCGAAAGACUGCCACAUCUAUGCGCUACCCCAAGAGCCGAAGCCGCAGUUUGAUCGUCCUCUCAACGAGUACUUCAUCUCCAGCUCUCACAACACCUACCUGACGGGCUGGCAGGUGGGAGGGACCUCUUCGGCGGAAGCCUACAUCACUGCCCUACGUCAUGGCUGCCGAUGCAUUGAAAUCGACUGCUGGAAUGGCCAGGAUGGAAAUCCUAGGGUGACACACGGCCGCACGAGGACCACCGCUGUUUUGUUCUCCGACUGCAUCAAUGCCAUCCAACGAUGCGCCUUUGAUGUCUCGCCAUAUCCGUUGAUCAUCUCCCUGGAAGUCCACUGUGAUGCAGAGCAGCAAGCCAAGAUGGUGCGGAUUAUGGUGGACGUCUUUGGCGAUCGACUUUUGCUCCAUCCUCUGCCCGGCUCCACGACGAAAUUGCCGUCACCGGAACAGCUCAAGCAAAAAAUCCUGAUCAAGGUCAAGUCAACUGAGCUGCACGCGGAUCUUGAGGCUUCUUGCCCGGCUGGAUCCGGGCAGCGAGACCGCAGUGCCAGCUCUCCUCACCGGGGUGGCUUCCCGUCGGCAAACUGCAGUGCACCCAGCUCGACCGCCAUCAGCAGCCCUACCCUCGUCACACCUCCGGAGACCAUAUACUCUCCGACCGACCGGUCAGUCACGGCCACAAGUGCCAGCAGUGGCGACGAUGAAAGCGACGUCCCCGCCACUUCACUCUCACCUGUCGAUAGCCAGCGCCGACCUCCCAAAUUGAGCAAGGUUGGACCCUACCUUGCCGCGCUCGGUGUAUACAUGAAGGGGUACAGCCUACGUGAAGCGAAGGACCUCAAAUUUCAGCAAUACAACCACAUCUUCUCCCUCAAUGAGAACCGCGCCAUUGAGCUGUGUCACUCUGCCGAGGAUAAAGCCCUGUUCGAGGACCACAACCUCCACUACAUGUGCCGGGUCUAUCCCAGGAACCUGCGUUUCCAGUCCUCCAACUUUGACCCCAACACCUUUUGGAGGCGAGGCGUUCAGAUGGUGGCCUUGAACUGGCAGACCUUUGACGCACAUAUGCAGAUGAACCAGGCCAUGUUCGCCGCCGGCACAGACGCGUAUGGAUAUGUCUUGAAGCCCGAUUAUCUUCGGAAGCCUCGGACCAAGCCUGGUGACUUCGAGCACAGGGUGAAGUUGCCGCGCUACAAGACCAAGUUCUCUGUCCAAAUUAUCUCAGCACAGCAGCUACCACGGGCUGCGAACAUGAGCAAAGACACCCCUUUGAACCCAUUCAUCGAGGUUCAAAUGUUCAGCGCCGAGGACAGAGCUCGCGGCAUAGCCAAUGGCACGGGUGGCAAGGAGACCUAUUCAAAUGGAUACCAUGGCAUUGGUUCCCCAUAUCGGCGACAGACGGAGAUCCGCUUUGGCAACGGCUACAACCCUCAGUUCGGUGAAACCAUUGAGCUGUCGUUGGAGACAAAGUACCCCGAACUUGUCUUCGUCCGCUUCAUUGUUUUCAACUCGGACGACGGCAGACAAAACGGGAAAGGGAUCCGACAGCUUGCCGCCUUCACCGCCAAACUCGACAGCUUGCAGAAAGGGUAUCGCCAUCUACCUCUGUACAACGGCUACGGCGAGGAGUUCAUCUUCUCUACUCUGUUUUGCAAAAUCGUCAAGCAAGAACCCAAGCUUAUGCCUUGGUCCCUGCAAGAUGUCAACGAAAGGCCCUCGAGGGCCAACAUGUUCCGAGGUAUCCUAUCCCGUGGGCUCUCAGGUGACCGUGGUAGAGAGCAUGGUUCCAGCGUCGAAGAGCAGCGCACGGCUCGGCAGGCCACCCUGAAUCUGGAGAUUGUGGAGAGGGUUGCCAGACGAUGA